UUUACACCCGGACCAAAUGAUUGCUCUCGUAUUAGUUGAUUUGUUACUUGUCAAUUCUAUAUUGGCAAGUAACAAUGCAUAUUUUGCUAAAGGAUGGAUACCUGUUACCAGGUCAUUUGUGUUCAACCAAAUGAGUAACAGUUAUGUUGGGACAAGAGACUGGAAACCAUUGCAAGGCAUCGAUGAUAGUAACAUCGAUUAUGCCAAGGAAGAUGCCAUCCAAAUAAUAACUCCAGAGCAAGUACAACCAAUACCGAAUGAGAAAAGCGUUAAUGCAUGGCCACCAUCAGCAGUAGCUGAUGCAAUACCUACACCAAGUGAAAAUUCAAGCCAAAAAGCUAUAACGGAAUUGAAUAAUCGAGACUCAAUACUGCUGAAAUCAAAACCGAGUGAUGUAUUAAAUAAAAGGACUGUAAAAAGUAACAUAAAUCGAAGGGCAUCAAAGUUAAUUUGGGAUAUCAGUUCAACCAAUGAUUUGAUUAUGAAUGCUCUGACUACACCAAAACCAGGUAUCAAAACACCGGAGAUAGAAAAUUCAAUAAAUUACAGAAAUGUAACUUAUAAUAAUUACGAAGUAACUGAACCAUCAAAUGUGCAGGAAUUGGGACUAGAAGCGAAUGACUUACAUAAUGCAUAUACAAAUAAGUUCGAUCAUCUACUUUCAAAAUAUAAUAUCAAAAAUGAUGACAGGUUGAACAAUUAUGCGAGAUCUAUGCUGCGUCACAAGAAAAUGUUAUAUCCAUCCAACGUAUCUCCAGUACCUUUGAUACCAAUCCGCUACAACAGUUUGAACCAUCUUCCGGUUGAUCCAUUGCUAGCGGUUUUGCUUUCAAAUUAUGGAUUCUACCUGCAUGGGUUUUAUGGAUUGCAAAAUAAUUACAAGAACUUGUAUGGAUAUUCGGCUUCUAAUAAUAUUCAUAAUAAUAAACCAUUUGGUUCAUAUAAGAUUUAUUCUGAUACUGAUUCUUCUAAUUGAGUAUUUGUUUGGCUGUGUAUUGAUUUGUU